AUGACCUUCCCUCGACGGGAGCUUCCGAGAUUAAAUGAGCUGUUGAUCCCUGAUGACCGAAGAAAAUCCACUCGAAAACACCUUUAUAACCACAUCAUCGACUCCUAUCAUCUGCAUUUAAGCAUGCCGGCCGUCACGUCCUCCAUCCACUUACCUAUAGCGACCUACCCAAUCACAUGGGGUGACAAUUCGAUGCCCGUUCUAGGGCUUGGAAGGUUUGGCUGUGUUGUCAAACUUGGGGAGGACCGCGUCCUCAAAAGACCAAAGACUUUCCCAGAAAUUCAUAAUCCUGAUAUAUCGUACAUCAAUGAAGCCAACAUAAUAUGCCUCGCUAAUGAGGCCAACGUCUACAAACGCCUGGGAAGACACGAUGGAAUUAUUCAGUGCUUCCAGACUUCUUCAUACUCGAUCGAGCUUGCCUUUGCCAAUCAAGGCGACCUGUUCACAUACAUGCAAAACAACCCUCGACCAACAGAAGCAGUUAUAGUUGACUGGAUUCGGUCGCUAGCAGAGACUUUUGCAUAUAUUCAUUCUCGCAGAGUCGUUGUUGAGGACAUUGGUCUGAAAAACAUUCUCGUCCACAACAAUUGCCUUAAGCUUGUGGAUUUUGGUAACUCGCUUCUGUUACCGAUGGAUACGGAUAUGGAGUGCUUCUGCAUUCAAGACAUAACUCCUAGAUUGGAGGUUCUCCACCUCGGCUGCGUGUUUUACUCCCUAGCGACGUGGAUUGAAUUCAAAUACGACUACAUCGACCCCAACCACAUGCUAAAGCCUGAUCAGUGUCCGAAAACAGCUGGCAUUAUUGGGGAAUCUAUCAUCCUCAAAUGCUGGACAGGAGGUUAUGCUAGCAUGGAGUCUUUAAAAAAGGAUGUCAAAGCUCUAUUGGGUUGA